AUGAAAAAAGUAGAAGAAUAGUAGAAGCUAAUGGGCCCCUAGUUUGAAUCCAAAGAUAUGAACACCUCAUUCAAUAGUCCAUCAAAUGAGUUGCAAGAAGAUACCACUGUCGUUACUCGAUAACGGCCAAAAAUGGUACAAUAUGAGUUUGAAGUCAAUAAAGAACUCGAUAAGAAGGAUAAGCGGUUUAAAAGUAACAUGAUCUCCACCUGCAAAUACACCUGGUGGAACUUUGUCCCCAAAAACCUUUUUAUCUAGUUUACCAAGCUAGCGAACGCUUACUUUCUCUUGAUUCUAAUUUUGCAAGUUAUAAAACCGGUUAGUAUCACUAAUGGAACUCCUGCAAUUUUGCUGCCGUUAUCAAUUGUCGUUGCAAUGAGUGCAAUAAAAGACAUCAUUGAGGAUUUGAAAAGAUAUAGGUCGGAUUAAGCUGAGAACAAAAAGAAGUGUUUGGGUAGAGACUGGUAAACAGGAAAAUUUGUAUAAGUAGAGUGGGAGUAAUUAAAGGUUGGAUAAAUAGUCAAAGUACUCAUCGAUGAAUCAUUCCCUGCAGAUAUAUUACUUCUAAAUUCCUCACUUAAUGGAGGAAUAGCAUAUGUAGAGACAAAGAACUUAGAUGGCGAAACUAAUCUUAAACAUAAGACAUCAGUGAAGGAAAUAGUAGCUGUGGUUAAGGAUGAGGCUGAGGCACUAGCAAUGGACGGGGAAGUUUAGUGUGAGACUCCCAAUGACAAGAUUUAUAAGUUUGAUGGAGUUUAUAGAAGUAAGAAACUCAGAUAGGAAGUAUCUCUUUCUUCAGAUAAUUUACUACUCAGAGGAUCGAAUCUUAAGAAUACUGAAUUCAUCUAUGGAAUCGUUAUAUUUACUGGUCAUGAUACUAAAAUUAUGUUGAAUUCUACCUCUGCAAGGAACAAGUUUUCGAGAAACGAGCAAACUACGAACAUCUAAAUCCUAUUGGUAUUCUGCUUACAGCUACUUGUGUGUUUCAUAGGAUCAAUUAUAGGGACAAUGUGGGAAAAGAAUAAUCGCUUAAAAACAUAUCAAUACUUAAACAUUAAUCUUAUAUAUCAGGACAGAGAGGGAUAAAGUUGGGCUGAGUAGUUCUUUACUAGAUUUGGUACUUGGAUCCUAUUGUUUACAAAUUUCAUUCCAAUUUCUCUCACAGUCACUAUUGAAGUUGUUAGAAUGGCAUAAGGAUUUUUUAUGUCAUGGGACACUGAGAUUUAUGAUCUUGAAAAGGACAUGGCAACUAAAGUCCAGUCGAGUAACUUAAAUGAGGAACUCGGUCAAGUUCAUUACAUCUUCUCCGAUAAAACUGGUACUCUCACUUGCAAUAUUAUGGAGUUCAAGAAAUUUUCAGUGGGAGAAGUCUCUUAUGGUAUUGAUGGGCAUAAUUUGAAAGAUCACAUGGCUAAAAGAUAUCCUAAAUUUGUAGAAGACAAUAUAACCAAUGUGAAUUUCGAAGAUCCUAUGUUUUUCGAACAUUUAACGAAUAGAAGUCACCCAAACAACAGAAAUAUUAUGAACUAUUUAGAUUGUUUAGCCCUUUGCCAUACAGUAAUUAUUGAAAAGAAAGAAGGCAAAGUUUUCUAUAAUGCUUCAUCUCCAGAUGAGUUGGCCUUGGUCAACGCAGCUAAGUUCUUCGGAGUAUCAUUUGCAGGUCGUGAUGACGAUAACAAUAUGAUUGUUAAGAGAAAAGAUGGAACAGAAGAAACUUUUGAACUUCUAAAUGUUCUAGAAUUCAACUCAACAAGAAAGAGAAUGAGUGUAAUAGUUAAAGAAUCGAAUGGAUAAAUUAAACUUAUUUGCAAGGGUGCGGAUUCAAUAAUAGAGUAAAGACUGGAGAAAUCCGAGGCAAACAGCUAGAUGUUUCAAAAGACCGAUGUUCAUUUGUAGCAAUACGCUAAAAAUGGGCUUAGAACUUUGCUCAUUGCAGAAAGAAAACUUGAUCCUACUACUUAUUAAAACUGGGCUAAAGAGUACUAUGAUGCCUCGGUAUCUCUUAAGAACAGAGAUGAAAAGAUAGAUGCUUGUGCCGAGAAGAUUGAAGUAAAUUUGCAAAUCGUUGGUUCAACAGCUAUCGAGGAUUUACUCUAGGACAGAGUAGGUGACACCAUUUUCGCACUUAAAUAGGCUGGCAUCAAACUGUGGGUAUUGACUGGUGAUAAAAUUGAAACUGCCAUUAAUAUUGGAUAUAGUUGCAUGCUAUUAAACAAUGAUAUGCUCUAGCUAGUCAUAGAUGCUGGAGAUAAGAAGGAAAGUGAUUAAGUGCUAGAUAAAGCCAAAUAAGAUCUAUAAGAUAAUGCUAAAAGAUAAAAUGUAGCUAUUAUAGUUAGUGGUGGUGCUUUGAUUGAGAUUGCUGGAGUUGAUUCACUAAGAGAGAAAUUCAUCGAUAUUUGCAGUUAAGCACAAGUAGUUCUUGCUUGCAGAGUGUCGCCUAAGCAAAAAGCUGAUAUUGUGAACAUGAUUAAGGGUAGAUAUCCCAAACUGACAACCUUAGCUAUCGGAGAUGGUGCUAAUGACGUUAACAUGAUCACUGCUGCUCAUAUUGGAGUCGGAAUAAGUGGUAAAGAGGGUCAACAAGCUUCAAGAGCUGCUGAUUAUGCCAUAGGUCAGUUCAAAUUUUUAAGAAACUUACUUUUUGUCCAUGGCAGAGAAUCAUACAGAAGAAACUCUUAUCUUAUCUGUUAUAUGUUCUACAAGAAUGCCUUAUAUGUUAUGCCUUAAUUCUGGUAUGGAAUUGUCAACACUUUUUCUGGAUAAACCCUUUAUGAAUCUUGGGUAUAUCAGCUAUAUAACAUUGUGUUCACAGCUCUACCUAUUAUGUGGUAUGCUCUCUUUGACAGCGAAUUUGACCGUAAAGUAAUGCAUGAUGAUCCAUCCAAAUAUGUUGCUGGCCCUGAUUAGAGACUAUUUAACAAGAAAAUAUUCUGGAAAUGGAUGUUCUAUGCUUGCUGUAAAGCCUGCUUACUUAUGUUCCUUGUUGCAUGGACUUUUGAGAAUUCAAUGAAUUAGAAAGGAUAAACUUCUUCAUUCUGGGUCUUCGGUAUGAUCAUAUACUCUCUGGUAGUCAUUUUAGUAAAUGUCGAAAUCCUAUUCUAAACAAACAAUCACAACUACAUUAGCAUCGUUAUAUUCAUCCUGUCAAUUGGGUCGUUUUACGCUGUGUAUGCUGUUGAAAACUCUCUUGAUAUGAUCCCAGUACUAAGAGGUACUUUCUUUUUCAUUUGGAUUUCACCGUAGUACUAUCUGGUUAUCAUAUUCUAUGUAAUGUUCCAACUUUUAAUACAGAUGACAAUGAGAGAUCUUUAGCAAAUCUACUACGACUAUAAAGACAGAUUGGCAAUGAAAGCUCCAGUCGAGCACUACAAUUCUUAAAAUGUAACUUAAGUACACAAAGAUGAGCCGCAAGUUAUACAUAGAUCCUCUACUCAUAAAGGCUAUGCGUUCAGUUAGGAGAGAGGUAAUGAUCCACUUGUUGUUGAUAAACUCAUCAACCGCUAAAUAAGUAGAAUGAAUUCAGAAGGCUUCGAGAAAAAGAACUCUAUUUCAAGUAAUCAGAAAGUUAAUAAAAUCCAACCUAGUAAUAGUAUUAUCUAAUCUGUAAGAAAUAACUCGAUUCAUUAACAUGAAUAGAGCGAGCUGGAUAACUGA